AUGGGGAAGUACUUGAAGUACAUUUCAAAGGCCUCAGCUCUUCCCUUUAGGACCAGAAAGUCUCUGUUUAUUGCAGAUAUGAGAUAUCGAGCUGUUUUGCACUUUGGUGCCAUAAUUGUUGUCUCCCUAAUUACAUGGGGGAUCUCCAUCAAUGUAUUUGAUGUACAGGAGAAAGCAAAACACAUUCUUGGGUUUAAUCACCUAGAUCAAAUCAAACCAGAACUCAAAACAGAUACAUUUACCAUGUCCUUGCAAGAGUCUGUGCCAAAGUGUGGCCUCUCCAGAGUCUGCCCACCCGACCAUUUUGAUUUACAUAUCAGGAGUGGAGCAGCUAAUAUUGUCGGACCAAAGAUCUGUUUCAAUGGUAAAAUCAUUAUGAGCCACCUGUUGAGUAAUGUGGGUCCAGGACUGAACAUUGUGGUGGUAAACAGUGAAAAUGGAGAUGUGGAAAAAUCUGGCUUUCUUAAUAUGAAAAUUGGAAACAAAGAAGACAUCCUGGCAUUCCUGAAGGAGAUCAAAUCUGGAAUGAUUGUUUUGGUGGCCUCGUUUGAUGAUGUGACAGCAAAAAUGACAAAGGAAAUGAGGGAGAUAUUUGUUGGAAUGGGAAGCUCUUUGAUCAAGUCAGUAAAAGUCAGAGACAACUGGGUGUUUGCUGGAAGAGCAGGGACAGGAAACAAAAGCCCCUUUGAGAAGAAAGCUGUUAAUGAUAAGAAAACCAACAUUUACGAAGAAUGGCCAGAGACUGUGGAGGUGGGCGGCUGCUUCCCAAGAAACCAAACCGACGGAAAUAAACCUUAA